AUGGGCAAGCUUCCUAUCCACACAGGCGAAAGCUACGGAAGCUCAAAGGCGCCAAAAUGGCUAGAUAAACGACCACGCCGAAAUCCUUUCUUCCUACGCCUCCUCCUCGCCGUCUGUUUCAUCACUGGUUAUUUUUGGCUGAUUCGCUGGAGUCGGGAUUCAGAAUGGGUACAAGGCCAUAGUCUUAGUGAUUUGAUCCCGGAUUCAUUUCUUCACCGUCCUAUGGAGUUCACUACCCAGGGCGAUGAACAUAAACAGUCCAGCACAGACGAAUAUCCAGCCACCAGCAGCCAAGCAAAUGAAUCCAUCAGAAUUCCUCUUGAGGCUCACAUUAUGAGCAAAUGCCCAGAUGCUCAAGGCUGCCUGCAUAAGCUGAUUCUGCCCGCUAUGGAACAGAUCAGUGACAAGGUUGAUUUCCGGCUUUCUUUCAUUGCCAGUGUGUCAAAAGAAACCUCCGAUAUUCAGUGCAUGCAUGGCCCAGCUGAAUGCAUCGGUAAUAUGCUGAUGCUUUGCGCUGCCAACUUACCGUUCCCUGCUACCACGGAUAAUUCACUACUCCCCAAGACAUACCCUCGGACCCCUAUCAUCCGAUCCCUAGGCUUCGCAAACUGCCUCAUCAACGAUUAUACUCGCAUCCCAGAUCGUGGGCUUGUCCACCAAUGCGCAUUGGAGCAUGGGAUUGACUUCGAUGCUCUGAACCAAUGCGCCAGUCAGCAAAGUGAUGCCCCCGAUGAUGGCCAACGUGGGAAGACCCCGCUUAGCGGCAUUGCACUUCUCCGACAGAAUGCACUGCAUAGUGAGAGGCUUGAUGUGCACACCAGCUGCACUGUGCGGUUGGACGAGUCAGUCUGGUGCAUCCAUGAUGGCGGAGUCUGGAAGAACUGUGUUCAGGAUGGCGAGGGCAGUAAACCUCAGGUGCUAGCUGAUGAGAUCAAGAGGCUCUGGGAGGAGAGAAAUUAA